AUGCUUAGAACUAUUUCAAUUUUGGCUCUGCUUUUUUGCAGUGCAGCCACUAUGGCGGAUGCUAAGCCGAUCUUCAUCAAGGUGUUCGCGCCGAGCAGUGCCUUCAGUUCCAGUGGUAGCUACGGAAGUACAAGUGCGGCGACGGCCUCGCCCAUCAACACACAGCUUAUCUCCACUCUGAUAUCCACCAAAAUUCAGCUGCUGAACAGCGUGCUGCAGGCCAAGUCGUCGGGUGGUGGCUUCGGGUUCGGUUUCAACAAAUUCGUGUCCUUUGGAAGCAGCACUACAACGACGGAGAGGCCAGUCACCCACCACACCACAGAGGUAAACACAGACUUUACUCCGGAAGACAGCUCUACUCAAACUACCCAAACCGUCUACACGACAACAACAGAAGGUGAUAUCGAAACGCCAAAGCCUACAGUACAUCCCGGGCGCCCAGCCUCGACCAGUACGACAGAAGUGAUCCCAGGGGAGAGCACCACCGCGCUGCCAGAGAUCAGCUCCACGACGAGAGCGCCCUCUGGCUACUCCUAUACGUCUCCGACGCCCAGCCCUGUCUCCAGCACAGUAGGCACCUAUUACUUGCCCUCUUCUCUUGCCUAAAUCUGAAUAUAUGUACCUCAGCAUCCGCGCUUAAAUGUUAAAGCUUAGUCUUAAUUGUGUUCCGUCCAGAGUAAACUUUAU